CUGUUUUUUAUUCAUUGUUUAAAAUUUAGGACUAGACAGAAAAAACGCCAAGAAGAAAGUGAUACUUCCAAACGUGUUGAAGAAUUAAGAAAGGAAAAUGAACAGUUGGAACGAAAGGUAGAAGGGUUACAAAAAGAAUUAGCUGUUUUGAAGGAAAUGUUUGUAGCGUAUGCCGCGAAUAUUUCUGAUCCGAAUUCCAAUAAUAUUUGA